AUGGAAGUAGAGGAUCUUAAUUUCAAAAAUCCUGUCGGUAUAGGAUAUUAUGAUCCGUUCAAUGUUUUCUCACAUAUAAAGAAUGAAAUUGAAGAGAAAUUUCCGUUGACAAACUUGCAUUGGAAGUACAGUCCAUCUAAACCUUUAAAGUCAAUUCCCGUUUUACCUAUUGCUCUCAUUUCAGAGAAAGGAGAACUUCAAAAUGUUUACGCCAAGAUCAUGUUUGCUAAGUUCGACAAUUUGGACACGUACAGGGCACAGGUGAGACCAUUAAUCAAAGAAUGGUUAAAAAACUGCUUGAAAAAUAAUGUGGAAUGGAUGAUAAUUUUCUACGUUCUGCUGGACUCAAAAGAUAAACUGUCUACUUUGAUCAAAACAUCGGCCUUUGAUAAAUUAAAAGUCGAUUUCGGUAUUCAUGGCAAAGAAUUGACAGCUUUAGGUAUUCAGCAGGAUGGUCGGGAAAGGAUCUUUAAAUUAAAGGAGAAAUAUGAGACCAAUUUGGACAAGUUAGAAUCCUAUAAUUUAUUGACUGUACAAUUAAAGCAAAUUUUGAUUUCGACAUUUGACAAUAAGUAUAAUUUUUUGAGUAACACUAGUAGUCUGGUGAAUUUGGAAAGCAUGCUUGUCAAACUUAGACUUGCGAACUGUCUCAAUGAUAUGAGACUCCUACUCGAAUCCUUGGAAGUCUUUGAUGAACUUUCAAACAUGCUUAAUCAAUUUUAUAACAAGUUUCCACAUUCAUUCCUGACAAAUGCAGCAUUACCCGAAGACCUAAGCGACUAUAAUUUUGAAUCGUGCUUCGAUUUGGAAAGAGUUGAGAAGGGUAUUUUUGCGACGGGAGAUGAGAAGAUCAACUUAUUCGAUUUUAAAUGCUACUUGUUCAUUAAACAAUCAAUUUUGUUGCAAUCUUUAGCUAAUCUUGCUAGUACUGUCUCGAUAUCCUCUAUAUUUUUAUCUAGGCUAUAUCAGAACCUAAUUUGCUUUUUGAAUGAUUUGUCAGAUUUAGUAUCAAAGAAUAUAGAUGAGUUCAUUUAUGUUGUGUUGGAUAACUAUUUAAAUUUGCCAAUGUGCAAUAAAUUAAUGAAAACUUAUAAGCAAUAUAAUGAAGGUAGCGAUGACCCUGUUUAUCAGUUGAACGAAAUACUCGAAUUUCAUGGCGAACUAAAGCUAUUUCAGCGGUCAAAGAUGGUAGGGAUAGCCCAAACAAAAGGUUAUUACAUCAAUGGUAUAACCGAUGUUUUAGAGGAUGUCCCGUUGCAUGGGGUCAAGAAAGCUAAAAAUGAUACUAUCUUGACUUACAAACCCUUGUUAAAGGACUUAUCGAGUGAAAAAGAUUACUUGAAAGCCUUUGAGAGAAUUACGGAAUCAGCAAUUCAUGAUUUUCUUACAUCUGGUAGAUCAAAGACUAUUGAUGUCUUAAGCAUCGACUUAGCCCUUUUACAUUUUCAAAUGAAAGAAUACGAAAAGGCUUUAAAUAUCUUGCAAAAUUCUCAUAAGUUUUUUAUUUCUAAUGGUUGGCAUUAUAUGGGUGGUGUCCUAUUAGAAGUUUUCCUAGUUUGCGUGGAGAAGACACAGCCUGGUAAUGACAAGCUCAUACUUAUAACAAUAUUGGACUUGAUGUCAAAUGUGCUUACUUCACACGGUAAGCUUGGAAUCAACAAUUACAAUUCUCUUAGAAAGAGACCUCAUCUUUUAAAAUUGGUCGAAAAGCUUCGAAAGCAUUCAGAAUCCCUAAAUGAAAAAAUAGAAUAUUCUUUGAAAAGUUUAUUUGGAAUUUUGAUUGAGCCCCAAAUCUUUGAGGACACUUCUCCGGUGGAUAGGUACUACCUACGCAUUGCAUUAACUAAUCCAUAUAACAUUCCAAUCAACUAUAAAGAUUUCACUUUGGAAGUAUCAAAUAAAGAAGGAGAAAUGCUUAAAUUUACUUCUAGAGACUUUCAGAUUCUGGGAGACGAACAUAGUAUCAUAAAAUUGUACUCGAAUGACUUUGUACUAGGCAUUUUCUGGCCAUUCAAACUUAUCAUGCAAGUUGACGAAAACUUGAUAUUUAGUCUGGGCUUCUUGGAUCCCAUGGCUAUUAUUAAAGCUGCAUAUCACAUUGAUUCUGUGCUACAUAAUAAAAGCAUCGAUUAUUCUGACGCGUCCGUGAAUGAGACUUUGGAAGCUGAUGAUCAAUUUGAGUCAAAAAGCUUGACAUACUAUCAAAAUUUAGAUAAAUUCUGGUGCGAGUAUUUAGUUCCAAAUGAGAUCGAAUUAGGAAAAACGGAAUGCUUGUUUAGGAUUCAUAAUGGAUCUGUUUCUUCACAAGAUUUGAAAAUUGAAUUUUCUUCUUUGUCACAAGAAGUUGUGAUACUCAAAGAAAAGUUGAAAGCGGAAGUUGAAAAACUUGAGCCAAAAGAAGUUUUCGACAUUAAGGUACCGUAUAGCUCCUCCAGCGAUAACAAGAUAAUCAACAUGAGAGCUGAGAUAUCAUAUAAAGCAAACGAUGAAGAAUAUACUCAUGUGUUCAUUGCGGAGGUUGAUACCACAUUGAGAAUAUCUGUUGUAGUUCAAGACAUUUUCAAACCUAAUUUCAUUUAUUCCAAGUUUCAGGUUGGCUCUUCUAAUCCAAAGUUCCCAAUUAGAGUAAUUUCCAAUGAUUUAAAGUCCAACAACUCGAAUUACUUUAUAAAAGUUCCCAAAAAUGAUUUGCAUUCAGCUGUGGCUUUUGGAGAUCAACCUGUCUCCCUUUUUUAUAUGAUUAUUCCAGAGAGAGGGUACUCCAUUAGUUCAAAUGAUGCUUUUAAGCUUAUUCUUGAGUAUUCAAAUUUACAGGAUGAGUGUACUAAGCAUUUGAGAGAAUUGCUUUUGGAGCGGCUAGUUACGUCGAAUUUGAAGUCUUAUUGGUUUUUGUUGAUGAACUUUUUAAAGGACUUGCUCAAGUUUGAUUUGAACAAGUAUGCCAUAUAUGACACCAUAGAAAUAGUUAACAAUCAUGAGAUUGAACUUUUUAUUGAAAAAAUGGUAUCUGAAAAUGUGUGGAAGAAAGAUGACCAUAAAAAAUUGCUAGACAUUAUGAAGGACAUACUAUUCACUAGCAUGAAAGUUGAAAAUUCAUAUCGUGGUAAGAGAAAAUUAUUUAUCACGGUACCAAUUCCAAUCCUUAAUUACUUGCAGGUCACUGAGUUCAAGUAUGAACGAAAGGGUCAGUAUUUGGUAGGUGAGCCCAUACCAAUGAAACUUACAGUAGAGACGGUGACUAAAUGGGGACCAAAGGAAGAAUCAGAGUCUUCGUUUCAAGUGGAGGAUGUCUCUAUACUUGCGGAAUCAUCUCCUAAAAGAUUAUCACCUAACCUUGAUUCAGUGAAACAGUCUUUUCAAAUUAUAAUUCAGACCGACGACAGUUGGUUAAUAUCUGGAUUUAGGAAGCAAACUUUUGAGCUCUCAGUAACAGAGGGCAAUUUCCAUGAAUUUGACCUCAUAUUAAUUCCAUUAAGUGUUGGAAAAUUGACUCUACCAAAAAUUACUAUAAAAUCUUCUGAUGCGGUUAAGGGACGAUCAAUAGAUUAUCUUUUCGUUAAUGGAUCUGAGACCUUGCUAGUAGUUCCUGAACUCAACUCACUUACGUUCUCCUUUUGA